CAAAAUCACAAGGUUUGCCUGAAACUGUAUCUUCAAAGGGAAGUAUUUUCUUCCCUAUUUCAAGACUUUCUCUUCUCUUUUCCACUGGCUGAUUCUUCAGUGGCAAUUGCUUCUCAUUUCCCAAUUUAUUCGCUGAAUAUUGGUGAGUUGAGCAAUGGAGGACAAUUGUAUGGUCGGGGUGACAUAAAUAGUUAGGCACAGAGAAAUUCACAGCAAACCUGACGGAAGCAAAGGAGAGAAAUGACUGAUUUGGAUUCAAACCGCGGAUUCGACACGCUGCUUUCUCAAAAUGAGGAUGACGUGGAACCUGCGAGAAAAAAAAGGCAACAAGCAUCCCGUGUGAUACUUUACAAAGCAGCGAUCGCGAACCUGGCGAUACUUGCUGCCAUUUUACUGAUUGUUGAUAUUCUCCUGCUCAACCAAAAUAUCAUGCGUCACGAUACUCACCGGUAUGUUGAUGACGCAGAACUUAUUGAGAUAGAGCUGAUCAAACUCCAGGAAUCCUACAAGUCUGCCGUCAGAAACAUGAGUGAAGCCAACAAGCGGCUGGACGGUGAAACGAGAAGACAAACAGAGAGCAACUGGGAGUUUGAACACCACAAAAGAAGGACUAAAGACUACGAAGUACAACUCGAUAAAAUAAUGAAGGACGUCACGUAUCUAAAAUCUUACUUACCAGUCAUUGCGAAUGGCUGCAGUUAUUGUCCAAUUGGAUGGAUUUUGAUGAACUCUGCGUGCUACUACUUCGCCUUGUCUCGAACCGAUAGGCAGAAAUCGUGGCAAAAUGCUCGCGAUUUCUGUCAGAUGUACGGAGGUGAUCUUAUAGCCAUCGACAGCAUAGAGGAAGAGAUUGCAACCAUAAAUUACCUGAGAGGGCACGCAGAUUUAUCAGUGAAUUCCUACAACUUUUGGAUUGGAUUGUAUUUUCACAAUGAAGAACUUUGGAGAUGGACGGAUGGAAGAGACCUGGUUGAAGGGUACUGGGCCGAUGGAGAAUCAAGUGAUGAUGUUCAUCAGGACUGUGCAGCUUUAUAUAGCACAGAAAACGUCUUCAGUGCUUGGAUUAGCAUUGGCUGUAUAAACAGUGGUAAAUGGAUUUGUGAAAAAUCCCCACGUAAUCCUCAGUGAAAAAACAGUCUCACCCUCCUUGGAUAUUUCUGUGAACAGUAAAAAUCUAGAUUUUGAAUGUGAAAACUUUCCACAGAUAUAGACCUUUUUUCCAUUUAAGAAACCAAAAUGACUAUGAGGAAAUGUUCUCAACUGUUGUGCAGACUGUACUACAAAGUAAUAGGUGAUUGCAAUAAAUGUCAUUCAGUCAUUUUCCA